AUGAACCAAGUGGUCUUUGAUUCAUCUUUGGGCUGCGCUGUUCAGACUAGAUCAUGUGAUCACUGUUUUCAUCGGAAGAUCAAGUGUGACCGGCGAACUCCAUGUGCGCCCUGUCAAGAGAACCGCGUAGAAUGCCAAUAUGAGCGGCCUCGGAAGAAGCGCCGGUACAUUCGGCCGGCGUCCGAUGAUCCAGAUGUCAACUCAAGGGUAUCUUCCGAGAGGCAGAACGUCUUGUAUGAGGACAGGGGAGAUUGGAUGCCUGUUCAAACCGUUGACGUGAGCACCCCUACACAGGCACAGCAGCUGGAUUCGGAGUGUGUGAACAAUUCUACACAACUUACUACUGUCUCUCCUGUUCAACUGGAGACCGAAUACUGGGACCUUGGUAUGGGAGAAUGCUUCUUCUACCCAACCAACCUUUUCGGACUGGUCGACCUUCCUCCCUCUAUGCCAUCGUUCCCAUUGAAUAUACCCCAGAGUCCUAGCCUUUGCCUCUCACCUCCACUCCAGCAUGUCUCAAGUCAAAACGGAGUGCUGGAUCGUCUGCUAGAUGACAGCACCAUCCCACAGCUCAUCGACGUGUUCCUAGAGCGCCUACAACAAUCCAUGCCCUUCUUCACUCGCUCGUAUCUCCAUCAAAACAUUGCGCGUCAACGACAUCUUCAAGAUCGGUCUUUUGGUUCUUUGGUACAGGCGAUUUGCUCGCUAGUCCUUCUACAGCCCGUCCAAAGCCAGGAGAAACGCUCAUGGCCGAACCGUGAAGCAAGAGCCGAUGCACACUUGGCUCUAGCUGUAAACUUACACUCACAAUCUGAUCUAGGCCAGAGCCCGACUCUGGAAACUAUCAUGACAAGUGUAUUCUUGUUUGCGUGUCAGUUCUGCAAGGGAAAUUUCGAUGCCGCCAGAUUUCGGCUUCGGGAGGCCGCAGCGCUAGCCGAAGUGAUGAAUCUCGACAAGCCUGAAUCUUACGGUAGAAUUGGAGACACUGAGAAACAGCGAAGACUUCGGACAUUGAUCAGCCUUACGAUCAUCGAGAGGAUCUACUCGGUCCAAAGGGACUACAUUCCCGCCACGAAACUACUAAGCCGGAACAAGCUGCGAGAGCUACAGAACGCCAUCGCAUCUUCGCAUGACAGGGGCGAAAGCGAGAACAUAAUUGCCAUGGAGUGCAUCAGCAACAUGCUCGAGCAGGUGGACUUUAUUGAUCCCGAUAUAAUAAAAUGCUGGAAAGGUUUCUGUUGGGAAGAAGAGGCACCGACACACGUCACCAGAAGCACGAUACUCACUCUCUUACGACGCUACCGGAUUCCACCACAGUUUUCUGGACUUUCUGGUAUCGAUACUCAUGCUCAACAUGCAGAUAUUCUUGUUACCAGGCACUGGAUCAGGAUCAAGCUGUGGUCUUUAGCCAAUAGCCACGGCUACGUUGAAGCCCUUUCUGACGAUGAGGAAUUCCGUCAUGAAUACGCCGUUACCAUUGCCAGCGAGGCUCUAGACACCUGUUUGCAGUUCCAGAUGACUAGUCUCGAGGUACAUGGCAUCGGACUUGCCGACUCGUCGUCCAGUCUCUCCUCGCCGCCCGCGAGCCCUCAGAUCGAUGUGUCGGUUGAAGGUCUCCUCCGUGAAGUGAUCCGUAAUAUCAAUGACCGUCUCAAUACUCUCGAGACCACGGCUCGCGACCAUGGCCAGCACUUAGCCCGUAUUGACCGCAGUCUCGCCAACCUGACCGCUACAACAACCAACCUCCAUGCUAGAGCCCUCAAUUCCACUGCUUGUGCGUCUAGUUCGGCCCUCACCCCUCUGGUCAGUCCAGUGACUGGCGGCGCCAUUCCCGAUUUCCCCCGCACCUAUGGUGAGGUUCAGCGACUCAACGGUACGUACAUGAAAGCUUAUCUUCCGGUCGUUGCUUUUAAUGCUGAUUUCUUUAUUACAGCUCGCGAGCUUGGAGGCCUUCUGCGAUCCCUCGGUCUGCGCGGCGCUAGAAAUGCUGAGCAGAAGCGAGGUGACUUCAUCCGCGCAAUUGGCAUUACCAAGUUGGUCCGCCGUUAG